GACUGAGUACUACAAAGCCAAAGUGUCUAGAGGGCGCCGGGUGUUACCAUAAGCAGACCCAACUGUCACUGAAUGCUUCCACCUGCUUCGCCGCCAUUGCUAUCUCACUCAAAUCACCACAAACCGUCUUCUUCGAGGCGGUGCAGUGUGCUGCCCCCUGUCCCACUCUCCCAAAAUUAGCUCCCCUUUUCCGCUAAUUUACACCCCUCUCUCUCCUCUUCCACAUAUAAACCUCUCCUGUUUGAUGUCGGUGUCGCAGAGGAUCAUCUGCGGUUUAAUUAUCAGACUCUCCCCUUCUCAUUCUUCGCUGUCGCUCUCUUCCAGAAGCUUCCUCUUCUUCCGCUCCGUUUCUCGCCCUUGUGUCGUCCGUCAGCAGUACAUCGGAUCUCUCAGCCGUGUCUCUAGUUCGAUCAUGUCGCAACGCCAGGGAAGAGUUGGACACAAUAGAGAACAAAGAUGGGCUGAGAGGUCAAACUCAUCAAGGAUGUCUUCCGGCAUGGAGGGCACAUCCACAUCAGCUGUUGAAGCUGUCACGAGCAGACUUGGUGCAGAGAGUAUUUCUGAAAGCAAUGGGCAAACCCGUUUUGCUGCCCCACCUAUGCAGUCUGGUAGUAUUGCGAUGGCUAAUCAUGUUCCUUUGGAAGGCCAGAAGGCCUUGUGGACACCUAAGUCGUAUGGAACAGUGAGUGGGGCAACAACAGUAGAAGUUGGAAAGGUGUCUGCUGAUGAAACAGCUGCAGCAGAGAAAGGUGGCCCUGGUUCAAGUAAGUUGUUUAGAAAUAAUUUAUUGGAGAAUUUCACUGUAGACAACUCCACCUGCUCAUGUGCCCAAGUGAGAGCUACCUUCUAUCCCAAAUUUGAGAAUGAGAAGUCUGACCAAGAGGUCAGGACGAGAAUGAUAGAGAUGGUGUCCAAAGGCUUGGCUACUUUGGAGGUCUCACUUAAACACUCUGGAUCUCUUUUUAUGUAUGCUGGUCAUGAGGGUGGAGCUUAUGCCAAAAAUAGCUAUGGAAAUAUAUACACUGCUGUUGGUGUUUUUGUUCUUGGAAGGAUGUUUCAUGAAGCAUGGGGAACUGGGGCUCGUAAAAAGCAAGCAGAGUUCAAUGACUUUCUUGAGAGGAACCGAACGUGCAUAUCAAUGGAACUGGUAACUGCUGUUCUGGGAGACCAUGGACAGCGGCCGCGGGAUGACUAUGUGGUAGUGACAGCAGUCACAGAAUUGGGAAAUGGAAAGCCAAAGUUCUAUUCAACUCCUGAUAUAAUUGCUUUCUGUAGGAAAUGGCGGCUUCCAACAAAUCAUGUCUGGUUGUUCUCAACAAGGAAAUCAGUGACAUCUUUUUUUGCUGCCUAUGAUGCACUUUGUGAGGAAGGAACAGCAACACCUGUAUGUAAAGCUCUUGACGAAGUUGCUGACAUAUCUGUACAAGGGUCAAAGGACCAUAUAAAGGCGCAAGGUGAAAUCUUGGAGGGUCUUGUGGCUCGUAUGGUAAGCCAUGAGAGCUCAAAGCAUAUGGAGCAGGUGUUGAGAGAUUUUCCGCCUCCCUCUUUACCAGCAGAUGGCCUGGAGCUGGGACCAGGCCUGCGGGAAAUAUGUGCUGCUAAUAGGUCAGAUGAAAAGCAGCAAAUAAAGGCGUUACUUGAGAAUGUUGGGACUUCCUUUUGCCCCGAUUAUGUAGACUGGGUUGGAAAUCAAGCAACUGAUCUGCAUUCCAGAAAUGCUGAUCGGUCUGUUCUUUCAAAAUUUUUACAAGCACAUCCUACAGAUUACUCUACUGCUAAAUUGCAGGAAAUGGUUCGUUUGAUGCGUGAGAGGCGCUAUCCUGCUGCUUUUAAGUGUUACCAUAACUUCCACAAAAUUGAUUCUGUAUCUGCUGAUAAUCUGUUUCUCAAAAUGGUCAUCCAUGUGUAUAGUGAUUCAGUUUUUCGACGAUAUCAGAAGGAGAUGAGGAACAAGCCAGGAUUAUGGCCUCUAUAUAGAGGAUUUUUUGUUGACAUAAAUUUAUUCAAGGCAAACAGAGAGAAAGCUGCUGAAAUUGCAAAAAACAGCAAUGAUUUAGUCAAGGGUGUCAAUAAUAGCAAUGAGCUAUCAGCAAAAGAUGGUUUAGCUGAUGAAGAUGCAAAUUUGAUGAUCAAAUUAAAAUUUCUUACGUAUAAGUUGCGAACAUUUUUGAUCCGCAAUGGCCUGUCAAUUCUUUUCAAACAAGGUCCUGCUGCUUACAGGACCUACUACCUGAGGCAAAUGAAAAUAUGGAACACCUCACAAGGAAAGCAAAAUCAACUUAGCAAGAUGUUAGAUGAAUGGGCAGUACACAUACGAAGGAAGUAUGGAAACAAACAGCUAUCAUCAUCCACAUACCUCAGUGAAGCUGAACCUUUUCUUGAACAGUAUGCAAAACGAAGCCCAGAAAAUCAGGUUCUGAUAGGAUCUGCUGGCAACUUAGUGAGAGCAGAGGAUUUCAUGGCCAUUGUUGAGGGAGGCCGAGAUGAAGAAGGAGACCUUGAGACAGAGAGGGAAGAAGCACCACCAAGUCCCCGUCCUGCAAUCAAGGAUACUGUUGCAAAAGAUGAGGGUCUGAUAGUAUUCUUUCCAGGAAUACCUGGUUGUGCUAAAUCUGCCCUUUGUAAAGAGAUUUUAAAUGCCUCGGGAGGACUUGGAGAUGACCGUCCCGUCCAGAGUCUGAUGGGUGAUCUUAUUAAAGGGAAAUAUUGGGACAAGAUUGAUGAACAAUGCAGGAGGAAGCCUUACUCUAUUGUGCUUGCUGACAAGAAUGCACCAAAUGAAGAAGUUUGGUCACGGAUUGAGGAUAUGUGCAGAAGAAUAAAAGCAUCUGCUGUUCCUGUUGUAUCUGAUUCUGAAGGAACUGAAACAAAUCCAUUUUCCCUUGAUGCCUUAGCAGUUUUCAUAUUUCGUGUACUUCAACGUGUUAAUCAUCCGGGGAAUCUUGAUAAGAACUCUCCAAAUGCUGGAUAUGUUCUGUUGAUGUUCUAUCAUCUUUAUGAUGGCAAGAGCCGCGAGGAGUUUGAGAGUGAGCUAAUUGAACGAUUUGGCUCACUUAUCAAGAUGCCUUUAUUGAAGUCUGAUAGGGAUCUUCUUCCUGAUUCUGUGAAGUCUAUAUUGGAGGAGGGAAUCAAUCUUUACAAGCUUCACCAGAGGAGGCAUGGCAGAUUAGAAUCGACAAAAGGAUCAUAUGCUGCUGACUGGGCUAUAUGGGAGAAGCAAUUGAGACAGAUUCUGUUUGGCAAUGCUGAUUAUCUUAAUUCUAUUCAGGUCCCAUUUGAAUUUGCUGUCAAGCAAGUCUUAGAACAACUCAGAACCAUAGUGAAAGGUGAUUAUAAAGCACCGAGUACUGAGAAGAGGAAGUUUGGAAACAUUGUCUUUGCUGCUAUCAGUUUGCCUGUCAGUGAAAUCAGAAGUCUCUUGAAUAAAUUGGCUGAGCAGAGUCCCAAGGUCGAGAGUCUCCUCAAAGACACAAAUAUGGAGAACGGCCUAGCAAAGGCCCAUGUGACACUGGCUCACAAAAGAAGUCAUGGUGUUACAGCCGUAGCAAGCUAUGGCAUUUUCCUAGAUCAAAAUGUCCCCGUCAACAUGAAUGCUAUACUCUUCACGGAUAAAAUGGCAGCGUUAGAAGUCUCUUUCGGCUCUGUUGAUGGCGAAGAGAUCGCCUCAAAGAACCAGUGGCCUCAUGUGACCCUGUGGACUGGUGAAGGUGUUGCACCUAAAGAAGCCAACACAUUGCCACAACGGCUUUCAGAGGGGAAGGCUACUCGGAUUGACAUCAAUCCUCCCAUAACAAUAACUGGCGUUCUACAAUUUUACUAAAAGUGUCACAUGCUCAAUUCCCUGGACUGGAACACCUUCUCCCCCCCAUCCCUUUCUCUUUUUUCUUUUUUGGUUGAGUGAAGCAUCCUCUUUCCGGGAAGAAGAGAACAAUUUUUAGGUUCUUGGUUUGCUUGCUUGAGAGAGCUUUUGUAUAUUGAGGCUAGGUUAGAAUGGCGAAGUAUAAGAAGAAAUUUUGUGCUCACUCACUGGUGCUUGUAAGGAACCUCUAUUAGUUAAGGUUAUUGGGUAUAUGUUUUUGCUC